CGGUGACGUCACGGCGGCUAGGUGCUGGAUGGGUCUCGUGCUGCUGCUUCAGACUGGAGGCUGGAGGAGAGAUGUGAGCUCGACUACUAAAAAUACACUGCUGCUUUUCCCUUUAAGGAUAUAACUGUCAUCAUUUCUACUCUCACUGUCUGGACAGGAUAUCACACUGUAUUAUUAUCAGAUCCAACUCUUUCACCUGUUAUUCUUCGCUGGUGGUAUGCUGUGACGAAAGACUCCGCUCUGCUGUUCUUCAACACUGCUGAGAGACUUGUCCUUGACAUCCGAAUGCUGUGUCUCAGUCAACAUGCCAGACAGCUUUUGUGAGUUAUGAUGACGGCUGGUUCAUUGACUCAGGAAAGAGCCUCUUCCUCUUGCUACUAGUGAUCAAAUCACAUCAUGUAAUGAAGAAGGGUUGUUAGGAGUCUGCUCUUCAAGGAGUCUGCCAGCGGGGGAUGAGUAUUUUGAGCCCUGUGACCGAUAACAAAUCAGACCUUGUGGGAGCUGUGGGAGGCCCAGAGGAAUACUCCAGAAGCAUGCAGUCAGAGGAGUUAUUCAGCAGAAAACUCAAAGCUCUGAAUGGUAGUAUAGGGCCACCACCCUCCAACAUGCAGGGUAAACCAGAAGGCACAGGCAAAACAAAUGGUACUCCAGCAAUGCCCAAAAUGGGAGUCAGGGCCAGGGUGUCAGAAUGGCCCCCACGAAAAGAUGGAUGGGAUGGACGACCUUCUCCUAACUAUCAGAGUGUGAUACCAGUUUUUCAGAAUGGUCAGCAAGACCAUACUAUGGAAAUACUGGAGCAAGAUGAAGCAGUACCUGUGGAUGUAGAUUACUCUGACAAUAAGUAUGUACUGAGUGACCUCCUCAGCCACUCGCCACUGAAGGGCCUCCAUCCUAUUCGUCAACGCAGCAACAGUGAUGUCACCAUAAGCGACAUAGACUCUGAGGAUAUAAUGGACCAGAAUGCUGUCAAUCCUAACACAGGGGCGUCACUGCAUCGUGAAUAUGGUAGCACAUCCUCUAUUGACCGCCAGGGUCUGAGUGGCGAUGGAUUCUUCACCAUGUUUAGGGGCUACCGCGUAGAUACCAUGGCCCAUCGUAGUGUACCCCCACUGGGUUUCCCUGAACUGUUACGGUGUGACACUGCCCUCUCACCCAGCCUGCAGACAGCAGCCCAGAUAGCCAGGGGUGAGAUAGUCCACAUUCCUGGCUAUGACUACAUAGACAGCUCCAUCCUCUACAGCCGAGAGAGGGAGAAGUCUUUUAUGAGGCGUCUCAAGUCAGAGUCAUCUGAAACAUCACUGUUCAGGAAACUGCGGACCAUAAAAAGUGAGAGUGAUGCUUUGCAGCUUGCUAUGGAGGAUGACCGACGACCUCUUAGCUUCCAGAAAUGUUUUGCCCACUACGAUGUCCAGAGUGUCCUUUUCAACAUUAGCGAGGCUGUAGCAAGCAGGGCUAAUCUGAGCCAGAGAAAGAACACAACUACUGGUGCAUCAGCUGCCUCUGCUGGCGUUAUUGCUGGGACUGGAAACAGUGGACCAUCUGUAGGUAGAGCAGGACUGGGACCUGGACCAGGGGUAGACAGUGGAGCAGGUGGAUGUAGCAGUGGGAUCACCCCUAUGUUUGAGUCUCCACUAGGCAGCAGGGAAGACUUAAACCCUAAGGAAAACUUAGAUGCUGAUGAAGGAGAUGGGAAGAGCAACAAUUUAGUUCUGAGCUGUCCGCACUUUCGAAAUGAGAUUGGUGGUGAGGGCGAAAGAAAGAUCUCCCUCUCCAGAGCCAACAGCACCAACUAUAGUGGUAUGUCAGAGAGCUGCUCUUUCGAAUCAUCUCUGAGCUCCCACUGUACCAAUGCAGGAGUAUCUGUACUCGAGGUGCCAAGAGAAAGCCAACCAAUCCACAGGGAAAAGGUCAAACGUUACAUCAUUGAACAUAUUGACCUUGGCGCAUACUAUUACCACAAGUAUUUCUAUGGGAAAGAGCAUCAAAACUAUUUUGGGGUAGAUGACAAUCUGGGUCCUGUGGCAGUCAGCAUUCGCAGGGAGAAGCUGGAAGAUGGGAAGGAGAAAGAAGGAAUGCAGUACAACUAUCGCGUCACCUUCAGAACCAGUCAGCUGACCACACUCCGUGGGGCCAUCCUGGAGGAUGCCAUCCCAUCUACAGCAAGACACGGCACAGCUCGGGGCCUGCCGCUUAAGGAGGUGUUGGAGUAUGUGAUCCCUGAGCUCAACAUCCAGUGUCUAAGGCUGGCCAUCAACUCUCCAAAGGUCCCAGAGCAGCUCCUAAAGCUGGAUGAACAAGGGCUGAGCUUCCAGCACAAAGUGGGAGUUCUCUACUGCAAGGCUGGACAGAGCACAGAAGAAGAAAUGUACAACAAUGAGAGCGCAGGACCGGCUCUGGAUGAGUUCUUGGACCUCCUUGGUCAGAGGGUGCGCCUCAAAGGGUUCACAAAGUACAGAGCUCAGCUGGAUAACAAGACGGACUCUACAGGCACCUACUCUCUCUACACCACCUAUAAAGACUAUGAGCUGAUGUUUCAUGUUUCUACAAUGCUUCCCUACACCCCAAACAACAGACAGCAGUUGCUAAGAAAGAGGCAUAUUGGAAAUGACAUCGUCACCAUAGUAUUCCAGGAGCCUGGGGCCCUUCCUUUUACUCCAAAAAACAUCCGCUCUCAUUUUCAACAUGUGUUUGUCAUCGUCAAAGUCCACAACCCCUGCACUGAUAAUGUCUGCUACAGCGUGGCUGUGUCCAGAUCUAAAGAUGUUCCUCCAUUUGGGCCUCCUAUUCCCAAAGCUGUGACUUUCCCAAAGUCUGCAGUUUUCAGGGACUUCCUGCUUGCCAAGGUCAUCAACGGAGAAAAUGCAGCACACAAAUCCGAGAAGUUUCGAGCCAUGGCAACGCGUACACGACAGGAGUACCUGAAGGACUUAGCAGAAAACUUUGUUAGCACAGCUACUAUUGACUCUGCUGUGAAAUUCAGCUUCAUCAAUCUCGGAGGCAAGAAGAAGGAGAAGGUUAAACCCAGGAAAGAUGCUCAUGUGUUCAGCGUCGGGGCCAUCACGUGGAGUGUCUGCGCCCGGGACUUUGGCCAAUCUGUGGACGUAGACUGUUUGCUUGGCAUAUCCAACGAGUUCAUUGUGCUUAUUGAAGAAGAAUCAAAAAAUGUUGUUUUUAAUUGUUCAUGUCGUGACGUCAUUGGCUGGACCUCAGGGAUUAUGAGCAUUAAGAUUUUCUAUGAGAGAGGGGAGUGUAUCAUGCUGUCUGCACAUGACAACUGUGGAGAAGACAUCAGGGAGAUGGUCCAAAGACUAGAGAUUGUCACCAGAGGUUGUGAGACGACAGAGAUGACUCUGCGGCGCAAUGGUUUGGGUCAGCUUGGUUUCCAUGUCAACUUUGAGGGCAUCGUGGCUGAUGUGGAACCUUUUGGCUUCGCCUGGAAGGCAGGACUGAGGCAAGGAAGUCGAUUGGUGGAGAUCUGCAAGGUGGCAGUUGCUACUCUCACCCACGAGCAGAUGAUCGACCUGCUCCGCACAUCAGUCACCGUUAAAGUGGUUAUAAUCCUGCCUUAUGAAGACGGCACACCCCGAAGGGGCUGCUCUGAACUGUACCGUAUACCAAUGGUGGAGUAUAAGGUUGACAGUGAGGGGACACCCUGUGAGUAUAAGACACCCUUCAGGAGGAACACCACCUGGCAUCGGGUGCCCACAACUGCGGGAGCGGCUUUAUCCCGAGGCUCACCCACACAGGGUUCUGAUCGCUUGCAGUGCCAACAGAUCCUGCAGCAGCACCAUGCAGCUAUUCCACGAAGCACCUCCUUUGAUAGGAAAUUACCAGAUGGAUCCAGGACAAUGCAGGAUAUGGAGAAUCCUCAGGUCAGCUCCUGCAACAAGGGAGACCACCACUACCGUAGCUCCCCGAGUAACCAGUCAUCCUCCAGUGAUCCAGGACCUUGUGGUAGCAGCUCCUGGUCCCAGCAGCCUGGAUAUGAUGGGUGUCCCUCCCCAAUCCUCCAUGAGUGUACAGGAGACAUCCUGGGAGGUGAUGGAGACAUCCACAGGGACCGAGACUCCACCCUGGAGAGGACCAGGUCUGCUGAGGCUAAAUGGCACAUUCCCUCCACCAAGAUCCUGAACCCUCUGAAGCAGAGAGAAGGAGGCAAAGAUUCGCCCAACAAGCUCUCCAGGACAGGCGAUAAGAACUCAAGCCACUCAAGUAGCAACACUCUGUCAAGCAAUGCCUCCAGCAACAGUGACGAUAAGCACUUUGGCUCCGGAGACUUGAUGGACCCUGAGAUGUUGGGUCUCACAUACAUCAAAGGAGCGUCCACAGACAGUGGCAUCGACACUAAUCCCUGUGUGCCCCCUGGGGCCCGGGUUUUGCUGCAGAGCAGAGUGGGGGACCAGGGACACCCCUGGGCACCAGAGCAGCAUGAAGAUGGGGCAUCAGAGGAUCAGGGGAAACUGUACCUGCCACAGGGUUAUGCUUCUGCCGUCAUUUCCAGUCAUGUGACGGAGGGCAGCAUCGGAGACCUGAGCAAGAUCUCCUCACACUCAAGUGGCUCACACCACUCUGGCAGUCCGCUGGCGCACGGUGCCAGAUACUCUAUGCCCGCUGAGUCCUGCAAGGUGUAUACCAUUCCCCAGACCAGCAGCUCAGAGACAGGGGCAGGGCCAGGAGAUGGGCCCAGCUCAGCAGCCUGUGGACAGACACGCCCACAGUCAGGCUGCAAACUCCCAGUGGGCAUAACGAAGACCGAUGAUGCCCACAACACUGAGGGACCUCCCAACAUUUCAGAGUAUGGGCAUCUGUAUGUGCAGGCUGCUGCCUGUCGGAUGCAGCCUGCGGAGCGGGAAGGAAAAUCACUGCAGAGGCUUUGUAAAGAAGAAUAUGUCAAAAUGAUGAUGACCAACAGCCCUCAAGGAGCAGACAGAAGCAGGAAGGUGUCAGUAAUGGGCAGUUUGUCACCACGACGCUCCCUCUACCGGACGCUGUCUGAUGAGAGUGUAUGCAGUAACCGGAAGGGCUCAUCCUACGGCAGCUCUCAUAGCUCCAUGCUGGAACAGGCCUUGCCCAAUGACAUCCUGUUCAGCACCACCCCGCCUUAUCACAGCACACUGCCUCCUCGCAUGAUCCACAACCAGGGAGCAUCCAACCUGAGGAAUGAGUUUUGCUUCUCUGACGGCUCCUUGGCGGACAGGUCCAAGCUCAGCGACCCGGGCCUCAUGCCCCUCCCAGACACUGCCUCGGGCCUGGACUGGUCUCACCUGGUUGAUGCAGCACGGGCCUUUGAAGACCAGCGUGUGGUGUCUUUCUGUACCAUGACUGACAUGCAGCGGGCCGAGGCUCUGCAGAUUUCAAGAGAGCUGACCAGACGAGUGGUCGAGGCAGAAGGAGCAACGCUGGAAGCGGAGUCUCCUUCCACUCUGACUGGAAAAGUGAACCAGCUGGAGGUGAUUCUCAGGCAGCUACAGAACGACCUCAGAAAGGAGAAGGAGGACAAGGCGAUGUUGCAGGAGGAGGUGCAGCACCUGAGGCAGGACAACAUGCGUUUGCAGGAGGAGAGCCAGACGGCAGCGGCUCAGCUCAGGAAGUUCACAGAGUGGUUUUUUCACUCCAUUGACAAGAAGCCCUGAAAGAUGAGGAGUGAGACAGCCUUUGCACCUCCUGGUUACCAACGCAACUCCUACGCAAGCUCCCCAGAUGAUCCACAGACAAUUUGAAAACAAACCAAAACUUUUAAAACACCUCUUCAGGAGGCUGCAUUCCGCGCCUGACGCAGAGAGACUACAAA